AUGGGGAUCUUCAGUCAGAAACAAGGUGUAAAACUUGGCAGUCGAAGUGGCACAACCACGUCGGUCACUGUGCCGCCCAACAACCCCGACUUCUCGUCUAUCGCACCUGUUGCACAUACUCUCACCCCCGAGCAAAUUUUCGCGGACCUCGGAACGAACCCCGCCGAUGGUCUCUCAAAGAAUGAGGCUGCUCGUCGCCUCGAGACCUAUGGAGAGAACCUACUUGCGGGUAAAGGUGGUGUUUCGGCAUGGAAAGUAUUCUUUUCGCAGCUGGCAAACGCCUUGACCAUGGUCUUACUCGCUGCUUUGGCAUUGAGUUUUGGUGUUGAGGACUUCAUCGAAGGUUCCGUCAUAGCUGCAGUCAUCGUUCUCAACACGAUUGUAGGGUUCUUCCAGGAAUACCGGGCGGAGAAAACUAUGGACUCUUUGCGCCAGCUGUCUUCUCCCACCGCCUUCGUCGUUCGUAAUGGAGAAAGCAUCCCUGUUCCCGCAAAGAAUGUUGUUCCAGGCGACCUUAUUCUGAUCAAAGCUGGUGACGUCGUGCCCGCCGACUUACGUUUAAUCACGGCGUCAAACCUUGAGAUCUCUGAACAACUUCUUACUGGAGAAUCUGUUCCAGUCGCUAAGAAUACCGACACUUUCGAGAGCAAGGAUCUCGAUAUGCCCAUUGGAGAUCGACUGAAUCUAUGCUACGCCUCUACUAUCGUCACCAAAGGACGGGCCACCGGAGUCACAGUUGCUACUGCUAUGAAUACUCAGAUUGGGCGCAUCGCCACCGUUCUCAGCGGUAAGACUGCGUCAGGAGAAGCCGUUGAGGAUAAUCGUCCAUGGUACAAGCGUGCCUAUCAUAGUGUCUCCGAAUUUUUAGGUCUCCGCUCCGGAACACCCUUGCAAAUCAAGCUCUCGAAGCUGGCGUUCUUCCUGUUUGGCUGUGCUGUGGUUCUAGCUUUGAUCGUUUUUUCCGUUGCGCGCUGGAAAAUCACGGAUGAGGUCGCCCUCUAUGCUAUUGCUACUGCAAUUGCUAUCAUUCCGGAGUCCCUCGUCGCGGUUUUGACGCUGACGAUGGCUGUCGGAACCCGGAAGAUGGCGAAGGAGAACGUCAUUGUGCGCAAGUUGGAUGCCCUGGAGAACCUUGGAUCGGUUACGGAUAUCUGCAGCGAUAAGACGGGUACCCUAACUUUGGGAAAAAUGUCCGUUCGCAAAUUCUAUGUCGCUGGAACACCUGACAAGGCUGCGGAAUUCACGGCCGAGACUACCCAGGACGCUAUCCAACCAGUUGGUGUUGUUCGUCGGGACAGCGAUGAUUCUGUUCUCGAACCAGGUUCAAUCAAGGAAGGUCAUGCAAAGGCAAUUCGUAUUGCCUCGUUGUGCAACGUUGCGAGCAUACAUAAGAACUUGAAGGGUGAAUGGAAGUCUACUGGUGACCCUACCGAAGUCGCUCUUCAAGUUUUUGCGUCAAAGUUGAAACUCGGACGUGCCAGCCUGACCUCUUCCAGUCUCUUGGACAGCGACGAGAAGACGGGCCGGUCUGCCAUGGGACCUAUCAUCGAGAACGAAGAAAAGGAAGACCGGAUUCACUUCAACGACGAGACGUCCAAAGCUCCAAAGAGAUUUGAAGCUGUUGCCGAAUACCCUUUUUCGAGCGAGCUGAAGCGGAUGACAGUCAUUUAUCGCGACAACGAGCAUCCAGAUGAGGCCCUCGUUCUUAUCAAAGGAGCGGUUGAACGCAUCCUGGACGCAUCUAUUUCUUACGCACCAGACCCAGAAGAAAACCCAGAUACUGUUCUGCCGUUGAGUCAGGAAAUAAUGAACACCUUCCUCGUCAAGGCAGAGGAGUUCGCCUCGCAAGGCCUCCGCGUCAUCGGCCUCGCAUCAAGGACUGUACCCGUUUCCUCAACCGGAGGUCUUUCACGCGAGGAUGCCGAAAAGGACUUCGUCUUCCGCGGCCUGGUUGGUAUCUUCGACCCCCCUCGUCCCGAGACCCUUGGAGCUGUUCGCGCGUGCAAGAGAGCAGGGAUCGUCGUGCAUAUGUUGACUGGCGACCAUGUUACUACCGCGCGAGCUAUUGCUGAGGCUGUGGAAAUUAUUUCGCCCGAUGCGCCUGCAAGUGCGGUCAUGACGGCUACUGAAUUUGAUAGGCUUACGGACGAGGAGGUUGACGCUCUUCCGGAGUUGCCUCUUGUUAUCGCUCGCUGCGCUCCGGAAACGAAAGUUCGAAUGAUCCAUGCAGGAAAGCGGCGCGGAAAGCAUUUAUCCAUGUCCGGUGACGGUGUCAAUGACUCGCCUGCGUUGAAACUUGCUCCAGUCGGAAUUGCGAUGGGCAUGGCAGGCUCUGAUGUGGCCAAGGAUGCAUCUGAUCUUGUGUUAACGGACGAUAACUUCAACUCCAUUGUGGUUGCAAUCAGUGAAGGUCGACGUCUCUUCACGAACAUCCAACGAUUCCUCUUGCAUCUCCUGAGUGUCAACAUCGCCGAAGUCAUGGUCCUUAUCAUUGGCCUUUGUUUCCUGGAUGAACGUGGGGCCAGCGUCUUCCCCCUCAGUCCCAUCGCGAUCCUUUGGGUGAAUAUGAUCACGAGUGGACCGCCUGCCUUUGGUCUCGGGUUGGAGAAGGCGUCUCUUGAUUCCAUGAGGAGACCUCCUCAUCCUAUCAAGGAUGGCGUCUUCUCGUGGCCCGUCAUCAUCGACACGGUGGCUUAUGGGAUCGUUAUGGGUAUCACAUCUCUCUUGAGUUUUAUUAUCGUUAUCUAUGGAAAGGGUGGAGGCAACUUUGGUCACGAUUGCAAUCACGACGCACUCGACGUCUGCAGAGACGUUUUCAGAGCACGAUCGACCACGUUCGCCACUCUGAUUUUCUCCAUUAAUCUAUACGCUUUGGAACUCAAAUCUCUCGAUCGGUCUCUCUUCUCUUUAACUCCUGGUCAGUUCUUCGUCAAGGAUCUUUUGGCAAAUCCUACCCUACUUUUGGCUGUACUCGGAGGCAUCGUUACCACCGUUUUGCCCAUCUACGUCCCAGGCUUUAGCAACAAAGUCUUCUACCAGAGUGGCAUCACUUGGGAGUGGGGGAUUGUCCUCGGGAUGACCAUCGUCUACAUCUUGUGGUGUGAAGUUUGGAAGCUCCUUCGCAAGCCCUUGUACAAGCGAUGGACGCCCGAGGCCAAUCAGCCCCUACCGUUUGACGAAGUAGUUGAGGAGAAAAUAUCAGAGAAGAGAGCAAGUGUCAAGUCUGCGGUCACUGGAGCCCAAUGA